CCCUUUUCCCAAUAAGCCUUAUCGGCUUUCAGGUAAAAGUCACGUGGUACCAAAAUAUCCAAAACGAGGCAGAGCGUGAUAGUGUCUCAUGCUUAUCGGAGAAUGCAUCUGUUUUACACGUUUAACAUUAUUUUCAAAAUUAGUAAUUGUUCUAUUUCAUACAAAGAAGUCAUUUAUGAAAAAAUGUUGAUUUAACCUUUCUUUUGCAUUCUUUUGCUUCAUUUGAGUUCAUAGCAUUUACUUCGCUCAAAAUAACGUAUCGAUCGCCGCAAACCCGGAAACGAAAGUAAACAGAAAUGACUUCUAAGAGUCGUGGCCAGAUGUGCUGUGUAUAUGCAUGUAGCAACUGUAGAUAUGACAAAGAAAACAAUCUAACAGGUGUUCACUUUUUCAACAUACCAAAGCGUGUGAUUGAAGAAAAAAAGUAUCGAGACAGAUGGUGCAAUUUGAUUAAAAGGCAAGAUGGUAGGGAUGGCUUCAAGUUGACUCCAAGGACAGUUAUAUGUCAUGAACAUUUUAAAGAGAAUGAUAUAAAAAUUGCUCUGAACAGUAAGCGAUGGUGUUUGAAGCCCGAUGUCGAGCAAUCAGUGUUUGACUGGUCAAAGAUUUGUACCCGCAAACCUCCUAAAGAGCGGUUUCCACUUUCACCACUUAAAUCCUUGGAGGAAGAAGAGACUUACAUUGCCACACCUUUACCAAACUAUAAUAUGUUCAAGUCUGAUGCUGAAGAGGAAUCAGAAUUUUAUAUCGGUACAGCAGACAAGGCUUGCCAAACUGAUCCUUUUGAAAUCAUACCUCAUGAAACCAGUUGUAUAGGGACUUCAGUUGAUGAAUUAGACCAUAGUUACUCAACACCUAUCAAAGGAGUUUCAGAAUUAGAAAUGUUACAGAAACAGAUCAAUAACUUAAUUAAAAAGUGUGACCAGCUUCAAUGUGUCAUAAGUGAUCUGAAUAAUGUUAUCACUGAUUUUGAAGCAAAUAGAUUUUCCCUAGACAAAAUUUGUGAUGACAAACAUGCUGUUAUGUUCUAUACAGGUUUUCCUAAUAUUGAAACAUUUAAUGCAUUUUAUGAAUAUAUUAAGACUAAAAGUGAGCGUUUGAAUUACUGGCGGUGACGUUGCGAGGUUGGUGAGGAGGUACCAAAAUAUCAGACGGCCAAUAACAGUAGGCCAGGGAAAAAAAGAACUUUUUCAACAAAAGAGGAACUUUUUAUGGUGUUAGUGAGACUCAAAGUUGGAUUAUUUGUAAAGGACAUUUCUGAACGGUUUGGAAUUUCACAAGGAUAUUUUUCAAAGAUAUUUACAACAUGGAUCAAUUUUCUCCAUCAUGAACUCCCAUUGUUAUUUCCCUUUCCAUCACAGAAGUUAAUACGCCAAAAUAUCCCCUUAGAAUUUGCCCAAUACCCAACCACAAGAAUUAUUCUUGACUGCACAGAAAUUUUUAUAGAAGUUUCAAGUGUAAUGGAAACACAGUCCCAAACAUGGUCAUCUUAUAAGCAUAAUAAUACUCUGAAAGUUUUGGUGGGUAUAAGCCCUAAUGGUACACUUACAUUUAUAUCUGGUUUGUGGGGAGGUAAAACAUCUGACAAAGAGAUCACUGAGAAAAGUGGGGUCUUAGACCUGUUGGAGCCAGGAGACAACAUAAUGGCUGAUAGGGGAUUUGAUAUCAAAAAUAUUCUUCCUAAAGGUGUAGAACUCAACAUUCCUCCAUUCUUGAAUGGAAGAAAUCAGCUAUCGGCAAGUGAAGUUAAAGAGACUAUGGAUAUAGCAUCGGUCAGGAUUCAUGUAGAAAGGGAAAUAGGGCGUAUAAAGAACUACCAUAUUCUUGAUGGUGUUAUGCCGUUAAGUCUUUCACAUAUUGCCGGACAAAUUGUGUCAGUGGUGGCGUAUUUAACUAACUUUUUACCACCAUUGUUGCCACCAGCACAUAAAGUAAACAAGACUUGAAAAGUCUGUGUGCAAAAUUAGAGAUAAACAGUCCAUUUGAUAAGAAAUUUACCAAAAAAUAAACAGAUUUUAUUUCAUAAUUUUAUUGUCCAUCACAAUAGUGAAAAAAUCUGCUUAACAAAAAGUGAUGUAUAACAAUAUAAUAUAUACAGUAAUAUUGUGUUAAAGCAUGUGACAUAUAACUGUUACACAAUUUAUGAGGGACAUUGCUUAUGUUUAUUAGAGUCAAAUAUUCAUUUAGCAUCAAUAAAAGAUUUAUGUACUGUUACCAAAAUUUUGUUAUUGUUUUUAAACACUACAAUCAGAAGGCAAAAAUCAACACCCUAGCUCCACAAGUAGCCAACAACUUCUUAACAAACAUUACUUCAGUUCUUAAUGAUUAAUAUCCCUGAAUGUGUAUAUACAU